UGCGCGGUAUCCUCGUGGUUCCGGGUCCUGCUCUGGUUCUCGGCGCUGUUCGCAGAGACUGAAGCUCGGAGUCCGAGCGACCCCCGGAAACCCACAGGAAACCUGUUUCCCUUACUUGAACCUGCUGUGAGAAUCUAGCCGCGGGUCACUGCAGUUUCUUUGAAACCUUUGUAGACUCUGAGGCGUGGUCAAGGUCGAACGGCUGUGGCUGCCUGCGUUGGCGUCGGAAUACGCGCACCGGCUACACCGGCUGAGCCCUGCGAGGCUUUGUGGAGCCGAGAUGACCCACUCUUUGGUUUGUCCAGAGACAGUGAGCAGAGUGAGUUCAGUGCUGAAUCGCAACACUCGGCAGUUUGGAAAGAAGCAUCUGUUCGAUCAGAAUGAGGAAACGUGCUGGAACUCGGACCAGGGCCCCUCUCAGUGGGUGAUACUAGAGUUUCCUCAGCGCAUCCGUGUCUCCCAGCUGCAGAUCCAGUUCCAGGGGGGUUUCUCCAGUCGACGGGGUCACCUGGAAGGUUCCCAGGGGAAUGAGGCUCUUAGCAAGAUUGUGGACUUCUACCCUGAGGACAACAACUCACUUCAGACCUUCCCUGUGCCAGUUGCCGAGGUGGACCGGCUGAAGGUGACAUUUGAGGACGCCGCUGACUUUUUUGGCCGAAUUGUCAUCUACCACCUGCGUGUGCUGGGGGAGAGGGCAUGAGGCCACUGGGUACUAACUAACUCCUCCAGGAAGCCCUUGGGGAAGCACAGUGAAGUCCUUCAGGUUAUGCACAGAAGGUUUAUUGGUUCCUCUUGGGAAGGAUCCCCUCCCACUGUCUGUCCAGGAGCUGCCUUUGAAGCCAGUUCUGGGUUCCCCCAGCUCUGCGUCAACUGUUUUGUUCCCUGAGUAUCUGAGUCCCCAGCAGGCAGCCUUCACUCAGGAUCUGCGGGCACCAGGUUGCUCUGGAAGAGUUUGAGGAUGUGGUUCUCGAUCACCUGUUGCACUGGAAACAGGAAAGGGAAAAGGUGGGCCAUGAAUCGAAUGCAGGCUGCAGAGACAGAGGCCAUUUGUACACCUCUUUUGGGGGAUGAACCGGGGUGUCCCAGCAUGAGAACUGCACCCGCCUCUCAGGGAACGAACGGGGAUCUCCAAGUCCUGGGACACAAACGGAGGACCUAAUUCAUAUGCGGGAAAAUCCACACCCUUCCCAGAGUACAGCUGAGAAGACUGAGGCCCCCGCGCCAGGAAACUCAAUUUCCCCUAAGUCUGUAAAAAUGCAUUUUUGGAGGCUUUUUAGAGU